CCACAAGGCAGCAGCCGCCAUUAGUGGCCUGUUGGCUAAGGCUACCAGGCCGUCGCAGGACCCCUAGAGAUUGGAUAAGUAUCGCUUCUUCACUCUGCCAAAGUCAUCUCUCAAUCAAGUCAAUUUCCCUUACCCUUGCAUCUCUUUCAUUGUUCUUCUUUACAUCAGCCAUUCCCUAUCACAUCAGACCGCAGUUCUCUUUCUCCAUCCCAUUACCAUACUUUUACACCAUCAAGCAACGGACUCAUUAUCGCUCUAUUACAUCAUUUGUUUCUUUCACCUCGGAUUUUACCAUCACCUCGUAUUAUCCAUUCCUAGACUUAAUUGGAACCAUGCCGCCAAAGAAGAAUUUAUUCAAAGACGUUGUUGUCGUUGUUGCUGGGGGCUUUUCUGGCUAUAAGCAAGCGGAUGUGAAGAAGCUCGUGGAAGAUCAGGGUGCAAAAUUCAGCACUACUGUGACAGGUGACUGCACACAUCUGGUGACCAGCCAGAGAGAGGUGGAUAACAACAAUUCCAAAUACAGACAAGCUUGCAAUGUCUACAAUUGCAAUAUUGUCUCCAUCGAUUGGCUGGUGGAGUCUAUAGACGCAAAGAAACCAAUCCCUGAGAAGCCUUACUUGCUCAGCAAGAAGGAUGCAAAGGCAGAUGAUAAAAAGGACGACGAAGAAACCGACAAAAAAGAGAAAAAGAAACGUACACUCGAAGAAGUACUGGAUGUCAGUGAGGACAGCUCGAAUAAAAAGCCCAAAGAUGCACAGAAACUGGGAUCUAAGACUUUGAAUGUUCCGGUUGACGAGGGCUGUUAUCUCUCAGGCUUUUCAGUGUACAUUGACCCAGCAGGGCUGAUUUGGGAUGCCACUCUCAACCAGACUGUUUCUGCCAAUAACGCCAACAAAUUCUACCGCAUCCAACUGUUGGUUGACAGAUCUGGAACUAACUUCAAAGCCUGGACCCGAUGGGGCCGAGUGGGCGAGACUGGCCAACAUAGUCUUCUGGGAGGUGGUGAUCUUUCUGAGGCACAGAUUCAUUUCCAAAAGAAAUUCAAAGACAAAUCGGGUCUACCCUGGGAUAACAGACUGGACCCCCCAAAGAAGGGCAAAUACACUUUCAUCGAGCGCAACUACGAAGAGGACUCUGAUGAAGAAAAUGAUGAAGAUCAGGGCACAGCCAAAAAGAGCGACGAAGAGAAGCCAACCGUGAAGAGUGAGCUGCCUGAAGAGGUCCAGGAUCUCAUGUCUUUCAUUUUUAAUCCGAACCAUUUCAUGAAUACAAUGGCUUCUAUGGACUACGACGCUAAGAAGUUGCCACUUGGAAAGCUGAGCAAGGGAACUCUGAGGCGGGGUUUCUUGAAGCUGAAGGAACUCUCCGAGCUCAUCGCGGAUCCCAAUCUGGCAGCCACUGAAUAUGGCACAUCCUUCAAUGCAGCUGCGGAGGACCUCAGCAACCAAUACUUUACUACUAUCCCUCACGUGUUCGGUCGUAACCGACCUCCCGUGUUGAAUUCCGACCAGCAUAUUAAAAAGGAGAUUGAGCUUCUUGAGGCCUUGACAGAUAUGGAAGUUGCAAACGGUAUCAUGAAAGAGUCGAAGGAUGCCGACACGAUCCACCAGUUGGACCGUCAGUUCCAGAGCUUAAAAUUGCAAGAGAUGACUCCUUUGGACCACUCUUCUACCGAAUUCAUUGAGCUGGAGAAUUACCUCAACCAGUCGCGCGCCUCUACUCAUCAUUUCCGCUAUAACGUCGUCAAUAUUUUCCGCAUUGAGCGUGAUGGUGAAAAUGAUCGAUUCCAUUCUUCCCAAUAUGGGAAAAUCAAGAACAGCGACCGCCGUCUCUUGUGGCAUGGAUCCCGUAGCACUAAUUUCGGUGGUAUCUUGAGCCAGGGUCUGCGCAUUGCGCCGCCGGAAGCCCCUGUGAGCGGAUACAUGUUUGGCAAAGGUGUCUACUUCGCGGACAUGUCCAGCAAAUCCGCCAACUACUGCUGCUCCUACAACAGCGGUGGUAUGGCUUUACUUCUGCUUUGCGAUGUUGAACUCGGAGACCCCAUGCUUGAAUUGGACCACAGCAACUACAAUGCUGGGGAAGAUGCCAAAAAGGGCGGCAAGAUUGCGACUCUCGGUAAGGGUAGAACUGUCCCGGCAGCUUGGAAGGAUGCUGGGAGUGUCAAUUCGCAGCUGCAAGGGGUGAGAAUGCCGGAUGUCUCUGCCUCAUCGAAGAGCGCCAACGCCCAGUCACUGAUGUACAACGAAUACAUUGUGUACGACGUCGCUCAGAUCCGCCAGAAGUAUCUAUUCCAAGUGCACAUGCGAUAAUUACUAGGCGGCUCUUCCAUGGUUUCUUUUAUUUGGUUUUCUUAGUGUUCUCAAGCGGGAGUUUGGAGGUUAUGCUCUUUAAUAUGUCUGUUAGUUCUAGUGAGCGAAAGCGAGGGCGUUCGGGCUAGAAUCUUUUUCGUUGCCAAUACUUGUGCUAGAAGCUUAGCUUCGUCGCAGUUUUUCCACAUAUCCGUGGUUUGUACAAUAGCACGAUACCUGAUGAGACAUUGCAUUAUUAUUGCAAAAUUGACUUGGAAAACUGAAAUAUGA